AUGAGCACAAUAGUGCCUGUACUGUUGUCUCUGCUGCUCCUUCUGAGUCCUGCAGUCUCCCAGGAGACCCAAGAUGGGCCUUACUCUCUGACCUUCCACUCCAUCGGGGUGUCCACGCUUGCUGAAGGCCUCCCCGGCUUUCAGGCCACUGGCUUCCUCAAUGACCAGCCCUUCUUCCACUAUGAUAUUGAGAGCGGAAAGGCUGAGCCUCUGGGCCCAUGGAGACAAGUGGAAGGAAUGGAGGACUGGGAGGAAGUAAGUAAACGUCAGAAGGCAAGGGGGGACUUCUUUCUGAAGAAUCUGAAAGACAUCAUGGACUACAAAAAGGACAGAGGGAAUCACACCAUGCAGGAAAAGUUCGGUUGCAAGCUUCGGAAUAACACAUAUUGUGGGGCAUUCUGGACGGUUGCGUACGAUGGACAGGACUACAUCAAGUUCAACACAGAAAUUCCAGCCUGGAUCCCCCUGCAAAAGGCAGCUCUGAACACCAAGGUGAAGUGGGAGACAGAAGGCUCUGUUCAGCGGGCAAAGGCCUCCCUCAAAGAAGAGUGCCCCCAGAUGCUGCGGAGGUACCUGCAGUAUAGCAGGAUCUAUCUGGACCGACAAGAUCCUCCCUCUGUGUCAAUCACCAGCUACGUGGGCCCAAGAAACAAGAGGACCCUCAGGUGCCUGGCCUACAAUUUCUACCCACAGCCAAUCAGUCUGUACUGGACUCGGGCCAGCAAUGUGGUGGAGAAUGAGUUAUGGGGAGACGUUGCUCUCAGUGAAAAUGGUACUUACCAGUCCUGGGUGUCAGUGAAGAUCCCCUCUCGGGACACAGGCCCCUACUUCUGCCACGUGCAGCACAGCAGCCUGGCCCAGCCCCUCACCGUCCCAUGGAAUGAGAGACAAGAAGUGAGGGCUGAAGACGCUUCAGAGUCUCAAGACCAAUAG